UAUAUACAGACUGAAACUCACAAACACAUACAUGUAAGCACACAACUACACACACUAAUGACACAAUAUGUUUCUAUUUACAGUCGCAUGACGUUAAUGAACCAUUUUAACAGCCGUCAAUCAUCACUCACGGUUCUUAAUAACAGAGUGAUGGAGGGUGAGGUGAGUCUGGUCGCCGGCCGCAGUCAGAGAGAAAAGAGAAGAUCCUACAAAGAUCUGCUGAGAGAAGAAGAGAUCAUCGACGCAGAGGUGCGCAAGACCUCCAAGAAAUGGCUCAAGGACGCUGAUGCCCUGUACACUGGCGGCGAGCUCCAGAAGAAGAAGCACUAUGAGGAUCAUUUCUACAGAGAUCAUCACAGCAGCUCCGGAUCUCAUCACAAGAAGAAGAAGCGCUCGCUCCUGACGCUCUCGGACCCGUCCUCCUCGCCUCAGACGGCCGUGACGGCGAUGGGUCUCCUGCAGGCCAUCACCUCCCCCACCGCCCCGUCCCCCUCGAAGGAGCGCAGGAAGGACUCCAGAGACGCCUCCUCCUCCUCCUCCUCCAGGAAGCAGCCGCAGGUGGUGCCGGUGGUGGGUGAGGAGGUGGAGCUGGAAGGUGAGGAGGUGCACACAACACCUGUUUACAGUGGAUCAUCUCGUGUUGUUCAUCAGGAACCCAGGACGAGUCAUUACGGCGGAUGUCAUGAUGUGGCCGACAGCAGCGGCUCGUCCUCCGGUGGUGACAGUGAAGGUGGGAAACUCACGAUCCACGAAUCCUCGUCUCACAGCAGCAGGAAGAAGAAGAAGAGCAAGAAGAGCAAGAAGAAGAAGGAGCGCGACCGUUCGCGAGAGAAGAAACACAGUAAAGCAGCCAAGAGACCCGUGGAAGCCAACGGCAGCACAGAAUGGAGUGCAUGCACUACAGUUCAUCACAGCCGCGAGGAGAAGAAGAGGAAGAGAGAAGACGGAGGCAAGCGCAAGAGCAAAGACAAGAAGAAGAAGGUCUUGACGGCGUAUCAGAUCUUCUAUAAGGAGUACAGAAGCAGCAUUCUGGAGGAAGAGCCGGGCCUCGAUUUUGGGGAUUUGAGCAAAAGACUGGCUGAUGCCUGGAAGCAGCUGCCCGAGGGAGACAAAGAGGUGUGGCGAGAGAGAUCCGAGUACCUGCAGCGGAAGCAGAUGAAGUCUGAGAGCGGCAAACACGUCAAGCACGUCAAACAGCAGCACGCGUCCCGAGCGCUCAAGAACGGCAGCAGGGUCAAAGGGCAUCAUUCAGGCGUGGCUCCUGCAGGAGGCGCUGUUGUGCAGAAGAGGCAGGAAGCAGCAGUCGCUCCGGCUCAGAACGGAUCAGCGCCGCGGCCGACAAACACAGCCGCGCUCUCCCCGCUCAGAGACCCAGACCUGGAUCCCAUCGACGCGGCCGCACACCUGCAGCUGCUGGGAGAGUCUCUGAGUCUGAUCGGACGCAGACUGCAGGAGACUGAGGGGAUGGUGACGGUGUCCGGCUCUCUGUCGGUUCUGCUGGACUCAGUCCUGUGUGCUCUGGGUCCGCUGGCCUGUCUCACCACUCAGGUCCCGGAACUCAACGGCUGCCCACAUCACGUGCUGUCAAACACUCUGGACAACAUUGCCUACGUGAUGCCGGGUCUGUGAAGGACUCGUCCUGCUGUCCCCCAGCGGCUCCGAUCCAACCAUCCACUAAAGACUUUACGACUUGCACAGUUUUGCACUGGAUGAACUCAAACACACUUCAAAUUUUAACCUGCUUCUUAAACCUGCGCUCCAUUUUUAUCUGCUCUAAUGUUGAUUAUGUAUUUCUGUUGUUUUUCUCUCAAUAAAAUCCAUUUUAGUAUGUUCUUUUAA